CGGUGGCGGCGGCCAUGGCGGCCAGCGCGAAGCGGAAGCAGGAGGAGAAGCACCUGAAGAUGCUGCGGGACAUGACGGGGCUGCCGCACAACCGCAAGUGCUUCGACUGCGACCAGCGCGGCCCCACCUACGUCAACAUGACGGUCGGCUCCUUCGUCUGCACCUCCUGCUCCGGCAGCCUGCGAGGGUUAAAUCCACCACACAGGGUGAAAUCUAUCUCUAUGACAACAUUCACACAACAGGAAAUUGAAUUUCUGCAAAAACAUGGAAAUGAAGUCUGUAAACAGAUUUGGCUAGGAUUAUUUGAUGAUAGAUCUUCAGCAAUUCCAGACUUCAGGGAUCCACAAAAAGUGAAAGAGUUUCUACAAGAAAAAUAUGAAAAGAAAAGAUGGUAUGUUCCACCAGAACAAGCCAAAGUGGUGGCAUCAGUUCAUGCAUCUAUUUCAGGGUCCUCUGCCAGUAGCACAAGCAGUACACCUGAGGUCAAACCUUUGAAAUCUCUUUUAGGAGAUUCAGCACCAGCAUUGCACUUAAAUAAGGGCACACCUAAUCAGUCCCCUGUUGUAGGUCGCUCUCAAGGACAACCCCAGGAAAAGAAACAGUUUGACCUUUUAAGCGAUCUGGGUUCAGACAUCUUUGCUGCUCCAGCUCCUCAGUCAGCAGCUCCGGCCAAUUUUGCUAACUUUGCACAUUUCAACAGUCAUGCAGCUCAGAAUUCUGCAAAUGCAGAUUUUGCAAACUUUGAGGCAUUUGGACAGUCUAGUGGUUCGAGUAAUUUUGGAGGUUUCCCCACAGCAAGUCAUUCUCCUUUUCAACCCCAAACUACAGCAUUUAGAAUGCUUUCAUCUAGCUGCAGUUUUGGUGAAUUUACUUCAACUUUUCCUCUCCAUGCUACCAACAGUGGAAGUGCUGGAUCAGUAAAUGCUAAUUUUGCUCAUUUUGAUAACUUCCCCAAAUCCUCCAGUGCUGAUUUUGGAACCUUCAAUACUUCUCAGAAUCAUCAAACAGCAUCAGCAGCAAGUAAAGUUUCAACGAAUAAAGCUGGUCUACAAACUGCGGAUAAAUAUGCUGCACUAGCUAAUUUAGACAAUAUCUUCAGUGCUGGUCAAGGUGGUGAUCAGGGGACUGGCUUUGGAGCCACUGGUAAAGCUCCUGUUGCUUCUGUGGUUUCAGUUCCCAGUCAGUCAAGUACAUCUUCAGACAAGUAUGCAGCCCUUGCAGAACUGGAUAGCGUUUUCAGCUCUGCAGCCACCUCUAGUAAUGCAUAUACUUCCACAAGUAAUGCCAGCAGCAAUGUGUUUGGAACAGUACCCGUGGGUGCUUCUGCACAGACACAGCCUGCCUCCUCAAGUGUGCCUGUUCCAUUUGGAGCUGCACCUUCCACAAAUCCAUUUGUUGCUGCUGGUGGUCCUUCUGUUGCAUCUUCUACUAAUCCGUUUCAGACCAAUACCAGAGGAGCAACAGCAAUGCAUUCUCAAGUGUUUCCUCACGCUCAUUUUGCCGCCACCUUCGGCACCGCUUCCAUGAGCAUGCCCGCAGGGUUUGGCACACCUGCUCCCUACAGUCUUCCCACCAGCUUUAGCGGCAGCUUCCAGCAACCCGCCUUCCCUGCCCAAGCAGCUUUUCCUCAACAGACAGCUUUUUCUCAGCAGCCCAAUGGUGCAGGUUUUGCAGCAUUUGGACAAACAAAGCCAGUGGUGACUCCUUUUGGUCAAGUUGCAGCUGCUGGAGUAUCCAGUAAUCCUUUUAUGACCGGUGCACCAACAGGACAAUUUCCAACGGGAAGCUCAUCAACCAAUCCUUUCUUAUAGCCUUAUAUAGACACUUUACUGGAACGAACUUUUUUGUGGUCACAUUACAUCUCUCCGCCUCUUGCACUGUUGUCUUGUUUCACUGAUUUUAGCUUUAAACACAAGAGAGAAGUCUUUAAAAAGCCUGCAUUGUGUAUUAAACAACAGUAACGAUGUGCAAAACAGAGGGCUCCAGUAACAACUUAUAACCUGUGAAUUGGCAGAAAAAAGAUAACGGUAUCAUGUAUAUUAAAAAUUGGCUAAUAUUAAGUUAUUGCAGAUACCACGUUCAUCAUGCUGCAGUACUGUACAUAUUUUUCUUAGAAAUUAGCUAUUUGUGCAUAUCAGUAUUUGUAACUUUAACACAUUGUUAUGUGAGAAAUGUUACUGGGGAACUAGAUCAGCCACUUUUAAGGUGCUGUCAUAAAUCUUGGAAUGAAUGACCUAAAAUAAUUUUAACCAUUGCUACUGGAAAGUUAUCAAGUCAAAAUCGGAAGGUUUUAUUCAUUCUUGAAUUUUUCCUUAAAGAGCUCUUCUAUUUAUACAUGCCUAAAUUCUUUAAAAUGUAGAGGGAUACCUGUCUGCAUAAUAAAGCUGAUCAUGUUUUGCUACAGUUUGCAGGUGAAAAAAUAAAUAUUAGAAAAUA